ACUUAUGGCGGCACUGUCCAAUUCCUGAUUUCUUUGAAAGUUGCGUUGACGGCGUUUAGUUGGGACCUUUGCCAUAUUUCGUAAACCAACUUAUUUAUCAACGAAACUAAGCAAGUGGAGUGUGGCGAAAGUGAGAUUUGAACUGAGCCCACGAUUGCCAUUGGCCAGUGUCUACUCGACCUGCAGUUUCGGGAGGGAAGAGGCUGGGGUCCCGACUCAACUGGAGUCGCUCGGGUUGUACCAUGCUGAAGACCCGUCACCGCUUACUUGGCAUUCACACUUUCGUCGGAGUUACAUCUAGAAUAUGGGGGUUUAUUCUGUACAUACUCAGGAAGCAUUUACGGACGAUAAUCCAGUACCAAACGGUGCGUUAUGACACACUACCUCUGUUGCCUGUGUCCAGAAACAGACUCAAUGCAGUCAAGAGGAAGAUUCUGGUGCUGGACCUUGACGAGACCCUAAUCCACUCCCACCCUGAUAGGUUGGUUAGACCCAAAGGGAGACCCAAAGUGAGACCAGGCACUCCACCAGACUUCAUCCUAAAGGUGGUGAUCAACAGACAUCCUGUCAGGUUUUUAGUACAUAAAAGACCGCAUGUGGACUUCUUCUUAGAAGUGGUUAGUCAGUGGUAUGAGCUGGUGGUUUUCACGGCCAGUAUGGAAAUAUAUGGCUCAGCCGUGUCUGACAAGCUAGACAGAGACAUCCUUAAACGAAGAUACUACAGACAGCACUGUACAUUGGAUCUGGGUAGCUAUGUUAAAGAUCUUUCUGUGGUGCACAAUGAUCUAUCUAGCAUAGUCAUCCUAGACAACUCGCCUGGAGCCUACCGCAUCCACCCUGGUUCACCUCAGAUGUCCGAUCCGUCCUCAGUCGAAAACUCCAUCCGCAUCGGCUAUGGGGAUUUGUCCAUCAGGGCUAGUAUCAGCACCUCCACUUCCUCUCUUUUUAGAAUGCCCUUUCUCCUGAUUUGCACGACCCCUUCCUCUGCUCUGCCCACAUCUCUCAAUCUCCAUGGUGUGACCCUUUUUAAGAAGAGGGAGGAGAAAAACUGGGGGCCACAAAUACAGAGGGGGAGGGGAGGGGGGGGGGGGCGCUAG